GCCGGCCUCGCCCGAGAUGUCCACUGCAGAUAUGUUCGCCGACGACGAUGAUCUAAUGGAUGCGGACCUGCUAGACGCCUGUGAGGCGGCCGAGGCGGCUCCUGCGGCCGCCCACCUCCCGACCGUCGGCGCCGUCAGCUCUCAGUCACGUGAUCUGCCCAGCGGCGCCGCCACUGGCCCACGUGACAUGCUGGACGACAUAGGGGAGGCACCACGUGACACGGAAGAUAAGCGGAACGGUGCUAAAACGCCGCCGCGUGACCCACCAGCCAGUCGGUGUCCACUAGCUGACCUGAGAUCAGGUGACUCACCGGUCGCUGGGUCGGCGUUCCCUGGAAACGGAGCACGUGACUCACCUCUGGCCGGCAUGACGCUCCCUGACCGGGAGUCACGUGACAUGCCGGCGGGUUCUCGCCGGUCGUCUGGCGUGCCACGCUCCGGUGGGCGGCGCUCGACGGGCUCGGCAGUGAAGAGACGCUUCCCCGGACCGGCCGGCAUUCUACCCAUGACGGGCUCUCUGCUGACACUGGCGCACGAGGUCAGUCUCCAGGACGAUGACCCGAUCGCCGCUGGGGAGGACGAUGACCCCACCCUGCAUGACCCGGUCUCGGAGAGUCAGCUCUCGCAGCCGGAGGACACUGCCGCCUGGGAGGCCGGGCCGUGGCGCCGACUACUGGCCGAGCUGCGACUCUCGCCGGCCGACGCCGACGGCCUGCCGCGCCGCAUUAACCUGGGCGCGGUGCGCCGCGCGGCGGCCGCUAACCAGCUGCGCAAGGUGCCCCUACUGGCGGCCGUGCUGCACAGCCUGGAGCCCACCUCGGACCUCAGCUACCAGGCCACCUUCCGCGACCCCACUGGUCAAAUGGAGGGAACCGUAGCCAAGGACGCGUUUGAGCACGGUGGCGCCGCGCUGCGGCCGGGCUGCGCACUACUGCUUCGUGACGUGGUCGUGUGGCGGGAGUCGGCGCGGCGGCUCUAUCUGAGUGUGACCCGUCGCAGUCUGGUCUACCUCGCACCGGAGACGCCGGCCGGGGCCGAGCCCGCGCCCGUCGUCCGGGUAGGUGGUAGGGAGGCAGGGGUUUCCGAGCUCAGUGAGGCCGAGCUGGCGUCCGCUCGGCUCGUGGAGGAGCCGCCAGAGGUGGCCGUACUCCAGGAGUCUCCUCCGCCGUCCCCGCCUCGGCCGCAGCUGUACCCGACCCCUCAGCUGUCCGGCGGCGGCAGCGGCGGCGGCCGCGGCUGGCGGGGCCGCGGUGGCCGCUCAUGGCGCGGCAGAGCGGCCGCCAAACACAAACCGGAUACCAUUUCUGCGGCCGAGAUCGACGCCAUGUUUAAUGAUGACGAUGAUGUGCUGUUCGGGCAGCUCUGA